AUGGCGCAAUCAGGUCCUUACACGGAUGUUACCCAAAGACUCUUUGUCGAGUUGAAGUCCAAGAAUGAGGAGACGCGGGCAAGAGCUGCUUAUGAGCUCUACGAUCAUGUCCUCGCAGUUUCAAGAGAUUUGUCACCGGAAAAGUUCGUUGAGUUUUACAAUGGCAUCAGUCAACGCAUCGCGCACCUCGUUGUUACAGGCGGCGACGCACACGAAAAGAUAGGUGGUUUGCUGGCUCUUAAUCUCUUGAUAGAUUUCGAAGGUGUCGAUGCAGCUCAGAAGACAACUCGAUUCGCUAGUUAUCUGCGUAGUGCCCUUCGAAGCAAUGACUAUACAGUGUUGGUAUGUGCAGCCAAGGCACUCGGCCGUCUGGCUAAGCCGGGCGGAGCUCUCACCGCGGAGCUGGUCGAAAGUGAGAUACAGUCCGCUCUGGAAGGCCUUCAGUCCGAAAGACAGGAAAAUAGACGUCUUGCCGCGGUACUGGUUAUUCGCGAACUUGCCAAAGGCUCGCCGACACUUCUGUAUGGCUUUGUUCCUCAGAUUUUCGAGCUUAUCUGGGUUGCUCUCAGGGACCCUAAAGUGACCAUCCGGGAGACUGCCGCCCAGGCAGUCAGUGAGUGCUUCGAGAUAAUUGCUGCUAGAGAUAUGCAAGUGCGGCAACUGUGGUUUGCAAGGAUAUACGAGGAGGCACUUCUGGGCCUGAAAUCCAAUAAUGUCGACUGGAUACAUGGAUCGCUUCUUGUUCUAAAAGAGCUUCUCCUGAAAGGUGCCAUGUUCAUGAAUGAGCACUACAGGAAUGCCUGUGAGAUUGUUCUUCGCCUGAAGGACCACCGUGACCCCAAAAUUCGUACCCAGGUCGUCUUGACGAUUCCUAUUCUCGCCUCCUACGCUCCUGUAGACUUCACAGAGAUCUACCUUCACCGAUUUAUGAUUUACCUACAAGCACAGCUGAAAAGGGAGAAAGAACGAGAUUCAGCCUUCAUAGCGAUUGGAAAGAUUGCCAACGCUGUUGGAGGCGCCAUUGCUCAAUAUCUUGAUGGGAUCAUCGUUUACAUACGGGAGGGACUGGCCCUGAAAGCACGAAAUCGAGCUGUUGUCAAGGAAGCCCCAAUGUUUGAGUGCAUCAGCAUGCUGUCACUGGCGGUAGGGCAAGCGCUUAAUAAGUAUAUGGAGACCUUGCUUGAUCCGAUAUUUGCUUGCGGUUUGAGUGAGUCAUUGACGCAGGCACUUGUUGACAUGGCACAUUACAUUCCACCGAUAAAACCCACGAUCCAGGAGAAACUUUUGGAUAUGUUGAGUUUAAUUCUAUACGGAGCGCCGUUUCGGCCUUUGGGCUGUCCGGAAACCAGGCUACCUCCAAUGCCAUCCUUUGCAAAGGACUUUGCCCCGCAAGAGUUGUACUCUGAUGCGGAAAUUGCAUUGGCACUCCACACUCUGGGAAGCUUCGAUUUCUCUGGACAUAUCCUCAACGAGUUUGUCCGUGACGUCGCGAUAAACUAUGUUGAGAAUGACAACCCAGAAAUUAGGAAGGCCUCGGCACUUACAUGUUGCCAGUUGUUUGUUCACGACCCGAUUAUCAACCAGACAAGUAGCCAUUCGAUACAAGUCGUUAGUGAGGUCAUUGACAAGCUACUAACAGUUGGUGUUGGCGACCCUGACCCCGAAAUACGGCGUACAGUGUUGUGGUCGUUGGACCGCAAAUUCGACCGUCACCUUGCAAGGCCGGAGAAUAUUCGCUGUUUAUUUUUGGCAGUCAACGAUGAGGUAUUUUCAGUCCGAGAAGCCGCUAUCUGCAUUAUUGGCCGCCUGUCCAGCGUCAACCCAGCUUAUGUCUUCCCUCCCCUGCGUAAAUUACUUGUCAAUCUUUUAACUGGUCUUGGCUUUGCAAGCACGGCUCGUCAGAAAGAAGAAAGUGCUCAGCUUAUCAGUCUAUUUGUCUCCAAUGCGACGAAGCUUAUUAGGUCUUAUGUUGAUCCUAUGGUGGCGACGUUGCUUCCGAAAGCGACUGACGCUAACCCUGGUGUAGCUUCAACUACACUGAAAGCUGUUGGUGAACUUGCGAAUGUUGGUGGAAAUGAAAUGAGAGUCUACUUGCCACAGCUUAUGCCUAUCAUCUUGGACUCGUUACAGGAUCUUUCCUCCCACGCGAAACGGGAGGCUGCUUUGCGUACUCUGGGCCAGUUGGCCAGCAACUGUGGAUAUGUCAUUGAUCCAUACCUUGAAUACCCCCAUCUUCUUGCCGUGCUUAUCAAUAUUAUCAAGACGGAGCAGACUGGGUCUCUUCGCAAAGAGACCAUUAAGGUGCUGGGAAUAGUUGGUGCUCUAGACCCUUACAAAUACCAGCAGAUAAGCGAGAGCGCUCCCGAUGUUCACCACAUCAAUGAAGUCCAAAAUGUCUCGGACGUUGCUUUGAUUAUGCAGGGGCUCACACCUUCCAAUGAAGAGUACUAUCCAACCGUCGUCAUCAACACUUUGAUGCAGAACAUUUUGCGAGAAAAUUCCCUUGCCCAGCAUCAUUCGGCCGUCAUCGAAGCAAUUGUCAUUAUAUUCAAGACUCUGGGCUUGAAAUGCGUGCCCUUCCUGGGACAAAUAAUUCCAGGCUUUAUAACAGUAAUCAGAGGUUCGCCGCCUAGUCGUCUUGAGUCGUAUUUCAACCAAAUGGCAAUUAUGGUAAAUAUCGUGAGACAGCACAUACGGGCCUUCUUGCCCGAGAUAAUCGAACUAAUUCGUGAUUUCUGGGAUUCAUCAUAUCAAGUUCAGGCCACUAUCCUGUCGCUCGUGGAAGCCAUUGCCAAGUCUCUGGAAGGUGAAUUCAAGAAAUACCUUGCAGGCCUCAUUCCUCCUAUGUUGGAUACGCUUGAUAACGAUAGCACGCCCCGUCGACAGCCUUCGGAGAGGAUACUCCAUACCUUUUUAAUAUUUGGCACCAGUGGCGAAGAAUACAUGCAUUUAAUUGUCCCAUCUAUUGUGCGUCUCUUUGACAGGACUCAAAACCCGCAAAGUAUUCGGAAGUCUGCAAUCGACAGCCUUGCGAAACUGUCGCGGCAGGUUAAUGUCUCUGAUUUUGCGUCUUUGAUGGUCCAUUCCUUGUCCCGAGUUGUUGCAGGCAAUGAUCGCCUGUUACGACAAGCCGCAAUGGAUUGCAUCUGUACCCUUAUUUUCCAGUUAGGCCAAGAUUUCAACCACUAUAUCAACCUCCUGAACAAGGUUUUGAAGCAACAUCAGAUCAACCAUGUCAAUUACCAGAUCCUAGUAACGAAGCUGCAGAAAGGGGACCCACUUCCGCAGGAUCUCAACCCAGAUGAGAGUUAUGCGGCUUUGACAGACGAUACGAAUUAUGCUGAGAUUGGUCAAAAGAAGAUGGUUGUUAACCAGCAGCAUUUGAAGAGCGCUUGGGAUGCAUCCCAAAAAUCAACACGUGAGGAUUGGCAAGAGUGGAUACGACGGUUUAGUGUGGAGUUGUUGAAGGAAUCGCCUUCCCCAGCGCUGCGUGCUUGCGCUAGUCUGGCAGGGCUCUAUCCACCUCUGUCAAGAGACCUUUUUAAUGCUGCCUUUGUGUCCUGCUGGACUGAACUAUACGAUCAAUACCAAGAAGAACUCGUACGGUCAAUUGAGAAGGCCCUCACUUCACCAAAUAUCCCUCCCGAGAUCCUACAAGUCCUUCUUAACCUUGCUGAAUUUAUGGAACAUGAUGACAAGGCCCUUCCGAUUGACAUUCGUACCCUUGGCAAGUACGCCGCAAAGUGUCAUGCAUUUGCUAAAGCUCUUCAUUAUAAAGAAUUAGAGUUUGAACAGGAUCAAAAUUCAGGGGCUGUUGAGGCCCUGAUCACAAUUAACAACCAGCUUCAGCAAUCCGAUGCCGCUAUUGGGAUUCUCCGAAAAGCUCAAGCUUAUCGGGAUGUGGAGCUUAAAGAAACCUGGUUCGAGAAACUCCAACGCUGGGAGGAAGCUCUUGCUGCGUACAAACGGCGUGAAAAGAUUGAUCCCGAUUCUUUUGGCGUUACUAUGGGUAAAAUGCGGUGUCUACAUGCUCUUGGCGAGUGGAAAGUUCUGUCCGAUCUUGCUCAGGAGAAGUGGAAUCAAGCAUCAUUGGAACAUCGAAGAGCAAUCGCUCCCCUAGCGGCAGCAGCAGCCUGGGGGCGGGGUCAGUGGGAAUUAAUGGAUUCCUACCUAGGGGUCAUGAAAGAACAAUCCCCAGACAGAUCGUUCUUCGGAGCCAUUCUCUCCAUCCACAGAAAUCAAUUUGACGAUGCCACAAUGUACAUCGAAAAAGCGCGAAACGGACUGGAUACUGAGCUUUCAGCUCUACUUGGAGAAUCGUACAAUCGAGCGUACAAUGUGGUUGUCCGUGUUCAGAUGCUUGCGGAACUAGAGGAAAUCAUUACCUACAAACAAAACAUCGGCGAUCCCGAAAAACAGGAGUCUAUGCGCCAAACCUGGAACAAGCGACUUCUUGGCUGUCAGCAAAACGUCGAGGUUUGGCAACGUAUGCUCAAGGUUAGAGCCCUUGUUACUUCACCUCGAGAAAAUCUCGACAUGUGGAUCAAAUUCGCCAAUCUAUGCCGCAAAUCAAACCGGAUGGGUCUUGCGGAGCGGUCGCUUUCUUCGUUGGAAACUGUUGUCUCUGACAACAAUGGCACCCGGGCUAUCGCUCCUCCAGAGGUCACUUAUGCUCGGUUGAAGUUUAGCUGGGCUACUGGACGACAACGCGAGGCUCUGCAAAUGUUGAAAGAGUUUACUGCCAAUCUCACUGACGACUUUACGCGGUUUAAUGCAAUCAUGAUUUCACAAAGUGAACAUAAUGGAAUCAAUGGUGUGAACGGUAUCCCUGAUGCAAACCACACAGAUGUCAUGGGCCUCCGUGAGCGUAUAGGAGACGUUGCAAAAUUCAGGAAGCUCCUUGCCAAGAGCUACCUUAGAUUAGGGGAAUGGCAGACCGCUUUGCAGCGAGGCGACUGGAAUGCAGAUAAUGUUCGCGACGUUCUCAAUGCAUAUUCUGCGGCAACCAAGUACAAUCGGGAUUCGUACAAGGCUUGGCACUCGUGGGCACUGGCCAAUUUUGAAGUUGUCACGACAAUUGCUAGCCAAGCGAGCAGGGAUGGUGCGCCGUCGGCCAUGGUACCUGGGCACAUUGUUACAGAGCAUGUGAUACCUGCUAUCCGCGGCUUCAUACGGUCUAUUUCAUUGUCGUCGACAUCUUCUCUACAGGACACUUUGAGGUUGCUCACUCUCUGGUUUACCUAUGGUGGCGACCAGGAUGUCAGCACUGUAGUUACGGAAGGGUUCACAGCCGUGAAUAUAGAUACAUGGCUCGCGGUUACUCCUCAACUCAUAGCACGGAUUAAUCAACCGAACGUACGAGUUCGGAGUGCUGUCCAUCGGCUGCUCGCCGAAGUUGGCAAAGCUCAUCCUCAGGCUCUAGUAUAUCCUUUAACUGUGGCAAUGAAGUCCACCAUUGCUAGACGGUCGCAGUCAGCUGGCAGCAUCAUGGACAGCAUGCGGCAACAUAGUGCGAAAUUAGUCGAACAAGCUGAUCUUGUGAGCCAUGAAUUAAUCCGUGUUGCAGUCCUUUGGCACGAGCUUUGGCAUGAAGGUCUUGAAGAAGCCUCCCGGCUUUACUUUGGGGAUCAUAAUGUUGAUGGAAUGUUCCAAACUCUUGCGCCUUUGCAUGAGAUGUUGGACAAGGGGGCUGAAACACUACGCGAGGUAUCUUUCGCCCAGGCAUUCGGGCGUGAUCUUGCCGAGGCGAAGCAUUAUUGCCUGCAAUACCGUGAGACCGAAGAGAUUGGCGAUCUUAAUCAGGCCUGGGAUCUCUACUACACUGUUUUCAGGAAAAUCAGUCGCCAACUUCCGCAAUUAUCGACACUUGACCUGAAGUAUGUUUCACCGAGACUAAAAGAUUGCGUGGAUUUGGAUCUCGCUGUCCCUGGCACAUACCAGAGUGGCCGGCCAAUUAUCCGAAUUGUCAGUUUCGAUCCUAUACUGCACGUCCUACAAACCAAGAAACGACCACGCAGGAUGACACUGAAAGGCAGUGAUGGAAACUCUUACAUGUAUGCGCUCAAGGGUCAUGAAGACAUAAGACAGGAUGAACGGGUUAUGCAGCUAUUUGGCCUUGUAAACACGCUUCUUGACAACGAUGGCGAGAGUUUCAAGCGCCAUUUAUCUGUGCAGCGAUUCCCGGCCAUUCCACUAUCGCAGAGCUCUGGCCUCUUGGGCUGGGUAUCGAACAGUGACACCUUACACGCAUUAAUUAAGGAAUACCGAGAGAGUCGUCGCAUAUUGUUGAAUAUCGAACAUCGCAUCAUGCUUCAGAUGGCCCCAGAUUACGACAAUCUCACUCUAAUGCAAAAGGUGGAGGUGUUCGGGUACGCUAUGGACAACACCACCGGGAAAGACUUGUACCGGGUCCUUUGGCUCAAGAGUAAGAGCUCGGAAUCCUGGCUUGAGCGGCGGACGAACUAUACUCGGUCCCUUGGUGUUAUGUCCAUGGUGGGCUAUAUCCUAGGUCUGGGUGAUCGCCAUCCUUCCAAUCUCCUCCUGGACCGAGUUACGGGGAGAGUAGUCCACAUCGAUUUCGGUGACUGUUUUGAGGUUGCAAUGCAUCGGGAGAAAUAUCCGGAGAGAGUGCCGUUCCGGCUGACCCGUAUGCUGACUUUCGCCAUGGAGGUUAGCAAUAUUGAAGGAAGCUACCGGAUUACCUGCGAGGCUGUUAUGCGGGUCUUGAGAGAGAACAAGGAUUCAUUGAUGGCUGUUUUGGAGGCAUUCAUUCAUGAUCCUUUGAUUAAUUGGCGCCUGGGAGUCCGUGAGUCUCCUGAUCGAAUGCCAUUCUCCUCAGAACGCCGACAGUCAAUCAUUUCCAACAUCAACGUUGAUCAAGGCGUCCAGCCUAGCAAUUUCUCCCGCCACCGUCGGCCUUCCAUUCUUGAAGGUGGCAUUCUUGACGCCCAGGAAGGUAUCCCCAAUGAAGCUCGAGAAGCGCAGAACGCACGGGCGUUACAGGUUCUUGCGCGUGUCAAGGAGAAACUCACUGGACGGGACUUCAAGCCCAAUGAGGAACUCAAUAUUAGCGACCAGGUUGAUAAGCUCCUUGCUCAAGCAACCAGCGUUGAGAACAUAUGUCAGCACUGGAUUGGAUGGUGCAGUUUCUGGUGA